UGAAGGGCCCUCUUGAGCGCCAUGGACGCCUCUUCCUCCGCCGCCGAGACCCCGGAGGCUCCGGCGGCCCUACGCUCUUCCCAGGGUCCGGAGACCCCCGGCCGCAAGGCGCCCCUUCCUCCUCCUCCUCCUCCUCCUCUGCUGGAUGGCGAAGCCGGGGGUCGCCCGCCCAGCGACGGCUCCUCGCAGCCGCCCACUCGCAAAGGCUCCACGGCCGCGGCCAAGGGCGAGAUGGCGACGGCCCGCGUGGCCGAGCAGAUCGUGGCCGCAGACUUGGCCUCCGCCGCCGCCGCCGCAGCGGCUUCGGGCUCCGAAGAUCCCGGAGGGUCCUUCGUCCAGCGGCAACUGGGCGCCCUCCUCCAACCGGCGGUCAACAAAUUCUCCCUCCGCAUGUUUGGCAGCCACAAGGCGGUGGAGAUGGAGCAGCAGCGGGUCAAAUCGGCCGGGUUUUGGAUCAUCCAUCCCUACCGCGAUUUCAGGUUUUACUGGGACUUGAUUAUGUUGCUGUUGAUGGUUGGCAACUUGAUCAUCCUGCCGGUGGGGAUCACUUUUUUCAAGGACGAGAACACGCCUCCUUGGAUCGUCUUCAACGUCCUCUCGGACACCUUUUUCCUGGCCGACUUGGUGUUGAAUUUCCGCACGGGGAUCGUGGUGGAAGACAACACCGAGAUCAUUUUGGAUCCCCAUACCAUUAAGAUGAAGUAUCUCAGGAGCUGGUUUCUGGUGGAUUUCAUUUCUUCCAUCCCGGUCGAUUACAUCUUCCUCAUCGUAGAUCUGGAGACCCAAGUGGAUUCCGAAGUGUAUAAAACAGCCCGAGCCCUGCGUAUCGUCCGUUUCACAAAAAUCCUUAGCUUGCUUCGUCUUCUCCGUCUCUCGCGCCUCAUCCGUUACAUUCACCAAUGGGAAGAGAUUUUCCACAUGACCUAUGACCUGGCCAGUGCUGUAGUCCGGAUCUUCAAUCUCAUCGGAAUGAUGCUUCUCCUGUGUCACUGGGAUGGCUGCUUACAAUUCUUGGUUCCCAUGCUGCAAGACUUCCCCGAAGAUUGUUGGGUUUCCAUCAACCACAUGGUGAAUGACUCUUGGGGAAAGCAAUAUUCGCACGCUUUGUUCAAAGCAAUGAGUCACAUGUUGUGCAUCGGCUAUGGGCAGCAGGCACCCGAGGGCAUGACUGACGUGUGGCUGACGAUGUUGAGCAUGAUUGUGGGCGCCACCUGCUAUGCCAUGUUCAUCGGCCACGCCACCGCCCUUAUCCAGUCGCUGGACUCCUCUCGGCGCCAAUACCAGGAGAAGUAUAAGCAAGUGGAACAAUACAUGUCCUUCCAUAAAUUACCGGGCGAUACACGUCAACGGAUCCACGAAUAUUACGAACACCGAUACCAGGGCAAAAUGUUUGACGAAGAGAAUAUCUUGGAAGAAUUGAGCGAACCCCUUAAAGAGGAGAUCAUCAAUUUCAACUGCCGGAAUCUGGUGGAUAACAUGCCCCUCUUCGCCAACGCCGACCCCAACUUUGUGACGGCGAUGCUGACCAAGUUGCGCUUCGAGGUUUUCCAGCCAGGAGACUUCAUCAUCCGAGAGGGAACGGUCGGGAAAAAGAUGUAUUUCAUACAACAUGGUGUAGUUAGCAUCCUGACCCGGGGCUCUAAGGAAAUGAAGCUUUCGGACGGAUCUUAUUUUGGUGAGAUCUGCCUUCUGACCCGGGGCCGGCGCACGGCCAGCGUCCGAGCCAACACCUACUGCCGCCUCUACUCCCUUUCCGUGGACAACUUCAACGAAGUCCUGGAGGAAUACCCAAUGAUGCGGCGAGCGUUUGAAACCGUGGCCAUGGAUAGGUUGGACCGGAUAGGGAAGAAGAACUCCAUCCUGUUGCGGAAGAGAGCGGAGCACAGUUCUAGCACGGUCAACAAUGAGAUCAUCCAACAGAUCGUCAAACACGACCAAGACAUGGCACACAACAUCCAGGACCUCCAGCCCAUGUCUGCCGGUCGGGAACUGAGUGGCAAACCACUCAUCUGGGAGCCCCUCGUCCACGCGCCGCUGCAGACUGCCGCCGCCACCACCAGCGUGGCCAUCGCACUGACCCACCAGCAAAGUCUGGCGACGCAUAUCUUCCUUCCCCCUUCGUCCAUCUCCAGCCCUCUCUCCCCCGACUCGGCUGCUCUCCUGCGCCAUCCCCGUCGCUCCCAACCCAGCCUGGGGGGUUCCCGGCCAUCCUCCGUCAGCUCGCCUGCCUCAGGGGCCCAGUCCCACCUGCAGACACCUGCCGCUGGCUCGCCGUGUUCUCCCAUGGUUCAGUGCACAUUCCCCUUGGAAAGUACGAUGGGCAAAGGACAAACCCUUUCGCGGCCCGUUCAGAAGAGGGACCCCAUCCCUGGGAUGAGCCAGGCUCAGCUAUCCGAAACUCGGGGUACGUCGGUAUCCACAUCCCUCUUGCAGCAGGCAGCACACAGCGCAUCCGUCCCGCCAGGACGAACUCUGCACUACAGUCUCUCUCGGGCCACAGGGUCCCAUAUUUCCCUGUUCCUGCAGCCUCAGCAGAUGGUCAAACAUCGGAGCUCGCAGGGCCUUUCGGUGGGACGUCUUACGCAGGACGUCCGGCCGCUUUCGGCGUCUCAGCCUUCCUUGCCAAACCGGCUCACCCAACCUUCGGACAUGGGGUCUUCCCAGCAGGCGGGGAAAUCAGCCAGGAACGUCACGUACCGUUCCUCCCCGUCGGUUCCCGGUCUGCUAGGGAAACCAAGCACGGGAACCACCGGACAGCCUGUUUCCUCCCAGCAGGCCCCUUCAGGGUCCAGCCGGUCAGUGAGCGGGGCCACGACCCCCCAGUCACCUGUCUCUGUCCCGCGACACAGCACCGCCUCAUCCCGUAAGGGUUCCGUAGCAUUCAGUCCUGACGUCAACACUGGGAAACCGAAGCUGCCAUCUCACAUGUGAAACCAGGGUCAACACAGGGUCAACACCAGUCCCUUCUUGGGCAGGCCUUGGGGGCUGAGCUGGGGGGGCAAGGAAAGAGACACUCAGCGCAAUCCUGAGGGCAGAGGUCCGGGCCUGACAGAAGUCUGCUGGAGAGGGACUAGGAAUUAUUCCUACGCGGAGAUCCUACGAAGAGGACCAGAAAGCCGCCAGACUCAAAGUUGGUUUCUUCGGAGAGCAAGCUCCCUCGAGGGAAGGAAACGCCGACUUGUCCAUCAUCGGCUUUUUUAACGCUGGCUCACAAGUGUGUCCUUCCCUUCCCCGAGGGGGCCGUCUGCCUACGCGUCAAGUCGAACGGCGAACUCCUUCGCAACCAUCUUACAAGUCCAAUCUAGCAGGAGAAGUCGAAAUCCUGAGCAAAGAUGAUCUCUGGUGCGUCCGUUUUCAAGCGCACCGAAGCGGCCUCCCCGUUAACUAUAGUGGACGCUCCGAAACGAGCGUUUUUCGUGGGCCCCCUCCUGCCUUUUUCCUGCCUUUAGGAAUAUUUUUUAACGACCAGAUAAUCGACGUAGUGACCUCUCUCUCUCCGCUCUUCUCGCCCCCACACUUCUGCAAUAUCCACCUCAAGAUGUUUCGUGAGAGUGUGCGUUAACGGUAGAAACCCCAGUUCCACGCUCGAGAGGGAGGUGGAAUAUGGACUUUGUUUGCCCCAUCCCUAAAACACCCUUCUCUGCCAUCUUUGUCCUCCAUAACGGAGGGCGAAGAAGAAAAAACAACUUGCAUUAAAUUUCCCCGAUACAGCUAGUCCUCGACUUACAACAGUUUGUUUAGUGACCGUCCAAAGUAAAUGUUGGGCUCAAUUGUGGUCGUAAGUCGAGGACUACCUGUAACUCCACAAUGCCAGGUUGAGAAGGUGGAGCUUGUAUGAUGACAUAUUUUUUUGUCAUUGGGGCAUUAUACCAGUGCCUGUGGCCAUAAGCGUGAUUUUUGCACCGAGCCAGACUAAAAUGUCCCCUAAUAACUGAUCAGAUUUUGAUUUCCCAGAAUCCCCCGGCUCAGGUAACACUCUUACUUGAAAGCAUUUGCCAAUUUCCCUGCUAAGAUUUCGGAAACCGUUGUGGUUUUUUCACUUGUCGUUCCAGGUUUCUGCCCACUGAAGGGUUAUCUUUUUUAAAAAAAAACAAAAACAAGAGAAAAUGAAAAAACGAUAAUACCAGCCAUCAUUAUGGAGUAUCAAAGCUGGUUAAAGUAUAGUAAGAGGCCCUUUGCAGUCUCACACUUAACUUGCAUUCUUGGUUUGGCCGGACAAGGCCAGUGGUGGAAUUUGGGGUAGGAAAUUAGGGUAAAACUCCCUCAAAAAAAAAAAGAGAGAGAGAGAAAGAGAGAGAAAUAGCCCUCAAAUCUUAUUUUAUUAAAACGAAUGCGAGCGUAAGGCAGUCCUCAACUUACAAGAGUGACCAUUCAAAGUUACAACGUCACUGAAAAAAGUCACAUGAUCGUUUUUUACACGUAGGACUGUUGCAGCAUUGACCCUUGGCAACGAACUCCUGUUUAUGAUAAUUGCAGUGUCCCGGAGUCCCAUGUAGAGGGGAAAUGCUACCGGUUCAGUCCGGUUUGCCCGAACCGGUAGUAAAAAAUGUUUUAAAAAAAGUUCCGACGAUUGUGUGUCACUCAGCUGAUCGUCAGAACUUUUUUUUUUUUUUUAAACCUUUUGGGUAUUUUUUUACUACCGGUUUGGGCGAAUAGGUAGUAAAAAUGCUUUUAAAAAGUUUUAAAAUGCUUUUAAAAACUGGUGGUAAACCGGUUUAGAUUUCACCACUGGUCCCGUGAUCCCCUUUUGCGACCUUCGAUGGGGAGUAAAAACCCCACUCAACAAUCGUCUGACUUAGCAACGAGAGAUUUGGGGCUCAGUUGCGGUCGUUAAGUCGAGGGACACCUGUCAUUUACCGGAAUGAGGCAGGUCCGUGCGUUCUAGCAAACAACUCACGGGGUACCCCGCUUUAAAACAGUACUCCUGCAAGGAUUCCGCCACUGUGCCAGGCCAUCGAAAUCCCUCUUACUAUACUUACCUCUCGGCUUUGUAAACCCAUUUGUAAAAACAACCAGGCGUAGAGCAGGAUCUGUUUCCUUUCAGAGUCAGGUUUACGGGCAUAGUGCAAUUCUCAAGAAGCAUGAAUUAAUGUAUUUUUCAGAGUAUAAGACGCACUCCCCCCCUCUAAAAGUGGGUGAAAAUUUCGGGGCAUCUUAUAGACCAAAUACAGGCCUGUUUUGGGGCUCCCGAACUCCCUGCAUGUCACGUUUUCAGCCCCCCCCGGCCCCCAGAAGCACUCUACAGGCCAAAAAUGGGCGCGUGAAAAUGGGAUGCGCGGAGGGUUCGGGAGGCCAAAAAUGGGCCUUGUUUUGGCCUCCAAAGUGCUUCUGGAGGCCGGAGCAGUGAUGGGAUUCAACCGGUUCGCACCAGUUCAGCAUAACCGAUUGUUAAAUUGCUGGCUGGCCCCUCGCCUCCACUCUUUGCCCCUUCCAGAAGUCCCCAUGUGCCCUGUUUUGGCUCCCAGGAGGCUUCAGAGCAGCCUACUAGGCCCAAAACAGGGCGCAGGGCGGGAGGCGCACCCGUUUUGGCUCCCAGGGGGGUGCAGGAGGCUGAGUCUUGCCUGUCGCACCCCCUGACUAUGUCCACCAUGGCCACGCCCACCCAGCCAGUCAUUAGGGCAGAGAACCGGUUGUUAAAUUAUUUGAAUCCCACCAGUGGGACGGGGGAGGGCGAAAAUUAUUUUUUCCCCUUGUUUUUUUCUUCUAAAUCUAGGUGCGUCUUAUAGUCCGAAAAAUACGGUAUUCCGAAGAAUACAGUGUGUAUUCUUAAAUUAACCCUGCCGCAGAAGACGACGUUCUGGAAUCCAGCCCAAAAACAAUAUAUUUUUUUUAAUCUUGGAUAACGAUUCACAGACAAGACGAGAGGCUCGUUCCUUUGAAUUAUACCCCCGAGCGUUGGAAGUUCAAGAAAAGUUUCCUUCGGUUUUCGAAGUGUCUUUGAGCCGGUGGACCAGUGGCUUUUGGGUGGGGUCUUUGGCUGCACGUUGGUUCAUGGGCCACGAGCCACGGAAGAAGUACGAGAUAUUCCGGUUUUUAUUCCUGUCCACUUAUAUCCCGAGGGAGCGUUCCACGAAAUAAUCCGGUAGCAGAGUGUCUGAUUCUCCCUCUUUGUGCCUAAACGUGAUCAGGGUCAACGAGUCCUUCGGAUAAACCCACCUACACCUGAACUUCUCUUCCGUGAUCCAGCCGUCCUCGGAAACCGUAGUUUGUGAUGUACGUUCCCGUGUGGGCUCUUGCCCAAACAGCCAAACUUUAAUGUGACCAAUGUUGCUUUCCGAUCCAGUCAAAGUUACCGAUUUUAGGGUAGAGUAGCUAUCUGGAACUCUUCUUUUUUUUUUUUUUCUCGAAUUCUCUCUGGUCUUUGUUUUUUUUUUUUUUCCUCCUCUCGUAGCGAGCGCCACUGCCAAUCUUGAUCCUCGCCCGCUGUAAAAUGCUUUUCUCUUGUAGUAUCUGGUGCUGUCGGGAAGGGCGGUUACAAGGGGGCCCCGGAAAGGACAGGAGGCAAGUAGCGGCGUUGGCCCGCGGUCUCCAGACGGAGGAAAGGAAGGAAAGCAAUCAUUCCAUCUUGUGUCUAGGACAGUGUUGGCGAACCUUUUCGGCACCGAGUGCUCGCACGUGCGGGGGCAACACCGGAAACCAGAAGAGCAGCUCCCUGGUGCGCAUACACGCACCGGGAACCUGAGCCUCUGGUUUCCAGUGUGUGCAUGCGUGGCAGU